UUCUGUUUGGUCGGCUUCCGUGUCAAUCAGCGACGACGGCUUGGGAUGUUCCUGUCUGAACUCGCCGCUGUGUGUGGAGUGCUCUGCAGCUCUGAUAGAGGCAGAACUAAGCGUGGUGGUCUCCCUAGUCCUAGCACAAUGGUCUUAGGAUCUUAGACUAGAGCGCUCGCGUCCAUACACUGCAAAGGAGAAAAGAGAGUCGUUUCCAUUCAGCGAGACUGCGAGCAACGGGAGGAAACAGGUGCUGGGGAGUUAAAGCAACACAAUAAAGAAAUUCUUCAGGAUCUUCAGAGAAAUUGAAAAGGAUUUAAAACAUUGCACUAUUCUCUGAAUAUAACCAUAAUAAAACAUAAGAAAUCCUGAUCACAGAAAACAAAAUGUCAUUGUCGGGGAGAGACAUCAGCGGAGCUCAGCAUGCUCAAUGUGUUGGACCGUAUCGCCUUGAAAAAACGUUGGGGAAAGGACAGACAGGUCUGGUGAAGCUGGGGGUCCACUGUGUAACAUGUCAAAAGGUCGCAAUAAAGAUUGUCAACCGGGAGAAGCUGAGUGAGUCCGUUCUAAUGAAGGUGGAACGAGAGAUCGCCAUUCUGAAGCUCAUAGAACACCCUCAUGUUUUAAAGUUGCACGACGUCUAUGAAAAUAAGAAAUAUUUGUAUUUGGUACUAGAGCACGUUUCUGGAGGCGAACUUUUCGACUAUCUGGUAAAAAAGGGAAGACUAACGCCCAAGGAAGCCCGAAAAUUCUUCCGACAAAUCAUUUCUGCGUUAGAUUUCUGCCACAGCCAUUCAAUAUGCCACAGAGACUUGAAGCCUGAGAACUUGUUGCUUGAUGAGAAGAACAACAUCAGGAUAGCAGACUUCGGCAUGGCCUCCCUUCAGGUUGGAGACAGCUUGUUGGAAACCAGCUGUGGGUCCCCUCACUAUGCAUGUCCAGAAGUAAUUCGGGGGGAGAAGUAUGAUGGGCGAAAAGCAGAUGUCUGGAGUUGUGGGGUCAUUCUCUUUGCACUUUUGGUGGGUGCCUUGCCGUUCGAUGACGACAAUUUGAGAAAUUUGUUGGAAAAGGUGAAACUGGGGGUGUUCCAUAUGCCACACUUCAUCCCGCCAGACUGCCAGAACCUCUUGCGUGGCAUGAUAGAGGUGGACGCCACAAAACGAUUGACGCUAGAACAAAUUCAGAAACACACGUGGUACAUAGGGGGUAAGAAUGAGCCAGAGCCCGAGCAGCCCAUCCCACGCAAGGUGUCUAUCCGCUUGCUGCCCUCCGCGGACGACAUCGACCCCGACGUGCUGGAGAGCAUGCACUCCCUCGGCUGCUUCCGUGACAAGAACAAGCUCAUGAAGGACCUGCUGUCCGAGGAAGACAACCAGGAGAAGAUGAUCUACUUCCUCCUUCUCGACCGGAAGGAAAGGUAUCCAAGCCACGAGGAUGAGAAUCUACCGCCUCGCAAUGAAAUCGACCCCCCUCGGAAGCGAGUAGACUCCCCGAUGCUGAACAGACACGGCAAGAGGAGGCCGGAGCGGAAGUCUAUGGAGGUGCUUAGCGUGACAGAGGGAGGCUCCCCUGUGCCAGCGCGGCGAGCCAUUGAGAUGGCACAACAUGGGCAGAGUAAGGCUGUGUUCAGUAAAAGCUUGGAUAUCUCUGAUGCCAAUCCCAAAUACAGCAAAGAAGAAAGGUCACGAUCAAUCAGUGGUGCAUCCUCUGGCCUCUCCACCAGCCCUCUCAGCAGCCCCAGGCCUAUCAGGAAGUUUUUUAUUCCUCCCCAGACUCCCAAACUUUCCUUCUCCCCCCGCUCCUGCCCCACCUCCUCCUUAGACCCCGAUCCCAGCAGGACUGUCUCCCGCACCCCCAAUUCGCUGCAACCAAAGACAGGGCCUCUUCAGCCCAACCCAAAGACUCAAACCCUUCCCGCAAAAAACAAACUGGCCGAAAAGCCUUUGCAGUCCACCAAAUCCAACCCACUCCCUGCUGCCACUUCCACUCCUAUUCCCGCCAACUCCGAACCCACCACCCCUUCCCAGCAUCCCCCUGCCGCCAGCGGCCAAGUGCGCCACCCUCCACUGACGGCCCCUCCACAACUCUGCAUCCCCUCUGUCCAGGUGACCCCCCUGUCUCCUCUCAGGCUGCACCACCAGCACUCUGCUGCCGGUACUGAUCCAAACACCAAAUCUAUCCCCAUCAUACAGGUGACCCCUCACCCCUCCCCUAGGGGGAGCCCUCUCCCUACCCCCAAGGGAACACCAGUCCACACGCCCAAGGAGAGCCCAGCCAGCACGCCCAACCCCACGCCGCCCUCCAGCCCCUCCAUUGGCGGGAUGCCCUGGCGGACACGCCUCAACUCCAUCAAGAACAGCUUUCUGGGAUCACCCCGCUUCCACCGCAGGAAACUGCAAGUACCUACACAAGAGGAGAUGUCCAGCCUCACUCCAGAAUCUUCUCCUGAACUUGCCAAAAAAUCCUGGUUCGGCAACUUUAUCAACCUGGAGAAAGAGGAGCAGAUUUUUGUGGUCAUCAAGGACAAGCCAUUGAGUUCCAUCAAAGCAGACAUUGUACACGCCUUUCUUUCGAUUCCCAGUCUCAGUCACAGUGUAAUAUCACAAACAAGUUUUCGGGCAGAGUACAAAUCAACUGCAGGCCCCACGGUGUUCCAGAAGCCUGUCAAAUUCCAGGUUGACAUCACCUACACGGAGGGCAACGAAGUGCAAAAGGAGAAUGGAAUCUACUCCGUCACCUUCACACUGCUGUCAGGACCCAGCCGUCGUUUCAAGCGAGUGGUAGAAACGAUCCAGGCCCAGUUAUUAAGCACACACGACCAGCCUUCAGUCCAGCAGCUGUCCGGAAUUGUCCAGAAAAGUUGUUAAAUUCCAACCCCGGUCGAGGUUUUUGAUGCUUUUGAGUGUUUUGUAUGUAAUCUUUUUCCAUAGUCGCUGCCGGAAGGCUGGGGUUCUCUGUGUUUUUUAUACUGUCUUGCGCUUGGUUCAUUUAGACACAUAAUGAGAAGCUGAUUCAAGAUUGCACUCAUUUCGCUUUUAGUGCCUUUCAAGUCUUCCCCAGCUUUAAAAAAAAGAUAGCUGGUUAUCGCUGUGUCUUUCUCAAAAAAACAAUUUAUCCUCUUGACAGCAUGGUGCAACUAGCAGGGUUUUAAAGCAUGGUUUACCUGGAUUAAUUUGACCAAGGUCACUGAAAAGUCGCUCCAGUGGUCUGGAGUGAAUCAUCACUAUUGGAAAGACAGAUCUGUCCAAAUAUAUACUGUAUACCAGAACAUGACAGGCAGCUUUAUUAUUAUUAUUAUUAUUAUUAUUAUUAUUAUUAUUAUUAUUAUUGUUAUUAUUAUUAUUAUUAUUAUUACCACCUUCCAUGAAUAGAAAAGCUUUUAAAAUAUUUACCUUUAAUAGUGUUUCUUCUAUGAUCUAUGCUCAAUUUGUUUGGUAUUCUAGAUGUUCUCACACACACAUUUUACUGUUUUCCUUUAAAUUAUUAACAUAGCUAUUUAAAUUGUAAACACAAAACCUUGCAUACCUUGACAAGUACCAUAUUAGCUGUCUAUAUCAUUGCUAGCAGUGGAUAAAGCCUUUUAUUAAACUGAAUGUUUUAAAGCCUUUGAUUAAACUGAAUGUUUGGAUGCUGCAAUCUGAUUGGCUGUUGAGGAUUUUUUUUUUUUUUUUUUUACCGUGCAGUUAGUAAGCAAUAAGACACGACAGGGUGUUGGUUGUGCUAAAUAAAUUCUCAGAAUAUUUUCAGUAUUUGUCUCAUGAAGUUGAUUGUAACAGGAAAUGUCAUUUUCUGAAUUAAAUGGCUGGUUACACAGUUGGACAGAUUGUGCAGUAGGUAGCACUGUUUGGUGAGUUUGUUUCUACCUUUUGUUUACGAGCUGACGACGGUACUGCAGAGAGGAUGUAACUCCAGGACUUCCUGUCUUUCUCAGCUGGUGCCCAGUAGCUUCUUAAACUAACUUAAAAAAAGGGUUGGGAGAUAUCUGUGUUCUGACUACCAAUGUCUUAAGUUUGUUUAAGUCUGUUUGAGAUACAGCAGGGUGAUGUUGUGACUUGUCUUUUUGUUGUCACAUGUCAAUUUUCAGGACAGAAAUGAAGAUGCUGUUUUAAUGUGGGUAUCUGAAACUGUGGGAGAAUUUAAAAUAAAAAAAAGAUUCAGGCCAGCUCGCAAGCUUGUGUAGCUGCUAACAGCAAAGAAACUUCUUAAAACUGUGUUUUAUUAUUUCAGUCUUAGGUGCAGUUUUCCAGUCCAUAUUUUUUUUUGUGCUGACCAAUCAUUUAAAACUGACACGGCCCAAGCGGUUACUUUUUUAGUAUUCCUCUCUUCUUUAUUGGCUUCAAUUGUAUUAAUUUCAGCAGUACUGUGAAAGAGGUGUCUUGUAGUACUCACGGUUUUAUUAUUUUCCUCAGUUUUAGCUGCUGGGACUUUUUACCCGUUGGUUGUACUGUAAUAAUUCAAUGGCUUGGACUGCCUAGCAUCCAAUCAGGACACAGACACCUCCCAACCCAUUUUAUAAUAUAUUACAAUGCACAACAUAUUAAACUUGCAAUAAAUAUACACAUUGUUGAGAGGACUUUUUAAGGUUUUUAAAAAUGGGUGACAUUCCUUUUGUCACAUUUGAUCUUUUCGAAGGCAUGACAGUAGACAAGUGGCUAGAAGCAAAACCUCUGUUAAAAAACAAACAAAAAAAAAGCAAGAGACACAAAGAUCUAACAAGUCAACAACUUAAUGAAAUCGAAGAAAACAAAAAUGCUUCCACAGCUGGUGUUUUUAUUGAUUGGAUGAAACAUAAAAAAUUGACUUAAAAACAGUUUGUCUUGAAAUGUAAACGGUCUGUUAUGAGAAUUCUAUGCUUCAGUGCGUAAUUCGGCUGGUCAAGAGUACGCAAUUUCUAGCUUUGUUAUGUUAGCCUCCGUGCUGGUCUUAAUCGCUCCGUAAACAGUGCUGACACAAACCGCAAUGAUAGCCUGUUAAUGACCAAGCAUUUAAAAAUGCCAGUAAUCUAUUUGUGUAUCAGCUUCUCCAGGUCAGUGGUAGUAAGGCCUGGAUAGUGAACUUUGUCUUUGCCUCCUUUUCUGUAUCUUUUCAUUAUCAACAAAAAUACAUGCUGGGCAUUUAAGUGCUUGGUCACUAACAAGGCUAACAUUGUGGGUUAUGUCAGCUCUGUUUACGGAGCGAUUGAGACCAGCACGGAGACUUCAUUCAUUUUAAUUAAUUACAAUAAAUGGAAACGUUGAAAACCUCUAGUUAAUGUAUACAACAAAAUAUAGCCUAACCUUGUUUGAGGGAUUAUUUUUUCGCCUAAGUGGAAGGAUAUAUAAUAAAAUUGUUUAUUUUUUUUGAAGAAUUUAUUUAUUUAUUUUCAAUUGUAUCCGUUUUAUAAGCGGGAUAACACACUCCAGGGCUUGUGCGUUGUGUUGCAUUAACAUAUGGCUUUGUUGGUUGAACCUAGCUACAGCUGUAUGCUAAUGCAACACAACGCACGCCCUGUCAUGUCUUAUCCCAUACGUACUGUGUAUACAAUCUUUGUGGGGAGCAAGACCGCAAAUGUAGCUUUGAAAUAUUUCCUCAGCAGUUAUUAAUGAUGAUGUCACUACCACAGAUUAACUGUGUGAGAAAUUCUGAAAUGAGGCACCCUGCUAAAUCCAGAACUAACUAGUCAUACCUGGGUUUAUUUAAACAGAUAUGUCUGAUUUAAUCAAAAGCUUACUUUUUUGCCAAAGCUUAGCAGAAGUCAUUGGCAAUACCUGCUAAAGCUGACCUUACCAAUCCAUUUGUGAGAGAUAAGUAGAAGAAUAUUCUGGUGCAAUGCAGAGUUUUGAUUUCAGACAUGAUGUUCCCAAAGCCACAUUUUCUCAGAGGGGAGUCUUUCCUAAGCCUGUUAGUAAAGAAUGGGAAGGUGUAGUUAUGAUUUACUUGUGGGUCCUGGGUGUUAAUACAGCUGUAUUCUACCUAUGCUUGCACUACAACGAUGUAGUUGUAUUAGAAAAUGUUGGCUGCAUCAACUCAGAGAUUACCUACCACUUGUGCUAUGCUAUAGUUGUUUCCCCAGUAGAUACAUGCAAUGUGUAGCUGCGUAAGUGUCUGUUGCAAGCUGUUACCUAUGCUGAUGUAUGCAAGAAAGCUUGAAAGAUGCAAGAGAGUCCAAAUUAGAUUCCAUGCUGAAAUGUGUGUGGCAUGACAUUCUAUUAAAAUCCAUUCAAGAUGAUUAAUAAAUAAAUAAAAUUAAGAUUUUCCAACAUCAUCCACUGUAAGGAAGGGAGUACCAAGGACAACCUUCAGUUACUCAGCUGUAGAAAAGAUCACACCAGACUCUCGAGACCAGACUGUGCCCCCAUAAUUCAGGAGAUUGAGUGCUACAUCAGUCAGUUAAGCUGACGUUAAGAAAGGAAAAAAACAAUUCUAGUGGUUUUCCAAUGUUAAAUAAAGUUCUUUAAUUAUCCCCUUGACUGCUGGACCAGUGUAAAAUAUAUUUCACAAGAACAUCAAAGGAAUGUUUAAAUGCAAAGUGGUCUUUAUUGACAGAUGAUUUGACCUUGUAAAAUAUGUAUACUUUAUUCUCCGCUUUUAGAAGUAUAAAAAUAAGUCUGUCCAAUGUAACAUUUAGACAUAUUUAUUUAUCUAUCUAUUUCUUUGGAGAAUGAAACGGUCUUUAAAUCAAGUUAAGAGAAGAUAAAUUACAACAAACACACCUAGUAGAAUUGGUAUCUUUUAAAUUGUUAAAAAGCAGUUUAUAUUUAGUCAAAUGUGCGUUUUUAUGGUGUGUGAUGCAUUCAUAACUAGAAGGCAUAUUAAAAGAAUUCUCACCAUUGUAUGCAUUGGUUUUCUUACUGUCCAUGGUAUAUUGUAAUCCAAAAUGUUAUUAUUUCCUCAAUUAACACUGUUUGCAUGUUACUUUGGGCAGACAUUUUGUCACUCUUUUGGUACCUCUAUAGUAGAGAAUGACUGGUAUUGCAUCAAUACUGCAGCUCCAGAUUGAACAAACAUAUUUAAUACAGGACAAUUCCAGGCCAUAAGAUCACGGCAAAAGCUAGGUUACAUGCAUGACCUGUGUAGUUUGUGUGGCAACAGCAGUCGAGGGGUUAAAGGAGGCAGAACUAUAUUUCCCAUGAUCCCUGCCAACUCUUUUCCAAUCUUUUUUCCUGUAGGUGGGUCUAGUUGACCAAGUAAUGCUUAGGCAAAAAAACUGCUGAAUAACUGAAAGGCCCUUAGGUUUCACCCUACCAGCAUUUUUCAGCGCUCUCUUCCAUUCUUUCUGUCUACUAAUUCCAUUCAAGUAGAAAGAGACUCCAAAGCCACUUCAAAUUAUAGCACUAUUUCUACUAUUUGGCUUCCAAGGGUCAAGGCAUCACCAUGAAAAUGAGUGUUUUCAGCUUUCUUUCUGGUUUCAUUAACAAUUUGUUACCCCUAAGCCAGUUAAAGAACAUCUACGCAUUAUAUUUGAGUCUUUGUAACCUUUUAAGUACUCGAUGGAUUUGACAGUUAACCUAAAAAAGGCUAGUUAGAUUAACUUCAACAUUUUUGGGCUACAACACCAUCUGUCCAUUUAAAAUAUUCAUGUUUAUAUAAUUGGCAUUAUUAUUGUUCAUUUUGAGUUAAAGAUUUUUGGUAAUUUCGAACUAAUUUGAUUAGCUAACUACUAAUAUAAAGCACCACUUUUACCAACUUCAAUAGCUCCCCAAAAAACUAGGAAAUUAGGGAAACGAAUUUACCUAGAUAUCAACAUUGGUAAGCUUAUAAAGACACCAUUUGGCUUUUAAUAAUAAUGCUUCCUGUUAUGUUGCCAACACCAGGGUUUAAAGUUAAACACACAAGUUUAUGGUGAUUCUUCAAAGUCACCCUCCCCCUUCUUUUCGUUCCCAAAAUCAACCCAAACACUCCAUCCCCCCACGUCUCCAACCUCAUCUGGUUCACUCCGUGGCUCUGGGUCUCGUGUGCCACUUCUCUUCUCGUGAACCCCAUUGUUCAUUUGUUUGUUUGUUCUCUCUCUCUUUCUUCUUUCUUUUUUCUGUUUGUGUACCUAGGCAGCCCAUUGAGUAACUUCUUUGAUGUAAUUAAACAACUUUUUUCAGACGAGAAGAACGGGCAGGUUGCCCACCAGCCUGGUACUCCCACCAAGCAUGGCCCUAACAGCAAGAGACAUGAACCCGAUGCUAAUGACUUUGGC